AAUUCCCGGUUUUUUUGUGGUUUUUUUUCCUCUUUCCCCACGCAGUUCGUGAAGUUCGCGAACAUCGAGGAGGACACUCCCUCGUACCACCGCAGCUACGACUUCUUCGUGUGCCGCUUCAGCGAGAUGUGCCACUCGUGCCACCCCGACCCCGCCGUGCGCGCCGGGAUCCGGAUGUCUGGGAUCAAGGGGCUGCAGGGGGUGGUGAGGAAGACGGUGAAUGACGAGCUCCAGGCCAACAUUUGGGAUCCCCAGCACAUGGAUAAGAUCGUCCCUUCCCUGCUCUUCAACCUCCAGCACGCCCAGGAGCCGGAAAGCCGUUCCCCAUCCCCAGUUCCGGGGGCUCGGAAGGAGCGGGAGGUUCCAGCGGAUCUGGCCGAGCGGUGCCUGCGGGAGCUGCUGGCGAGGGCGGCCUUCGGAAACAUCAAAAACGCCCUCACCCCCGUCCUGCUGCACCUGGAUAACCAUUCCCUCUGGGAGCCCAAGGUGUUUGCCACCGGCUGCUUCCGGAUCAUCAUGUACUCCAUCCAGCCUCAGCAUUCCCACCUGGUGAUCCAGCAGCUGCUGGGACACCUGGAUGCCAACAGCCGGAGCGCGGCUCCCGUCCGGGCGGGAAUCGUCCAGGUGCUGUCGGAAGCGGCCGCCAUCGCCGCCUCCGGAUCCGUGGGCCCCACGGUGCUGGAGGUUUUCAACACCCUCCUGCGGCAGCUGCGCCUCAGCAUCGACUACGCCCUCACCGGCACCUACGACGGAGCCGGGAUUGGAGCCGGGAUUGGAUCCGGGAUCAGCCCCGGGAUGGGCUCUGGGAUGGGCUCCGGGAUGGGCUCCAGGAUCAUCAAGGAGCAGGAGGAGAGGAUGUUCCAGGAGGCCGUCAUCAAAACCAUCGGCUCGUUUGCCAGCACGCUGCCCACGUACCAGCAGUCGGAGGUGAUGGUGUUCAUCAUGAACAAGGUGCCCCUGCCCUGCUCCCAGCAUUCCAUGGAGCCGGGAAAAGACGGGGAGAACCGGAACCGCCUGACCCAGAUCAUGCUCCUCAAAUCCCUGCUCCAGGUGUCGGUGGGAUUCCAGUGCAGUAACAUGCUCACAGCUCUGCCCAGCGCAUUCCUGGACCGGCUGCUCUCCGCUGCCCUCCUGGAAGAUCCCGAAAUCCGCCUCUUUGUCCUGGAGAUCCUCAUCAGCUUCAUCGACCGCCACGGCAACCGCCACAAGUUCUCCCCCAUCAGGUCAUUCCCGGGGGGGUUUCCCGGGAAUCCUGAGCAGUGGGAUUGGGAUGGGAGCGCUGGCUGGAUAAUUGAUGCUCCAGGAGAAUUUCUGGGAUGGGAUCUGGUCAGGAAUGUCGGUGAUUCAGGAGGAUUUCUGGAAUGGUUUAAUCCUGGAAAUCCUGGGUUCUGGACUGGGAGCACUGGCAGGAAUGUUGGUGAUCCAGGAGGAUUUCUGGGAUGAUUCCAUCCUGGAGAUCCUGGGAUCUGGACUGGGAGCACUGGCAGGAAUGUCAGUGGUCCAGGAGGAUUUCUGGAAUGGUUUAAUCCUGGAAAUCCUGGGAUCUGGACUGGGAGCACUGGCAGGAAUGUCGGUGAUUCAGGAGGAUUUCUGGGAUGAUUCCAUCCUGGAGAUCCUGGGAUCUGGGCUGGGAGCACUGGCAGGAAUGUUGGUGAUCCAGGAGGAUUUCUGGGAUGAUUCCAUCCUGGAGAUCCUGUGGAGCAGGAUUGGGCUGGGAGCACUGUCAGGAAUGUUGGUGAUCCAGGAGAAUUUCUGGGAUGGGAUCUGGGAUCUGGGCUGGGAGCACUGGCAGGAAUGUCAAUGAUCCAGGAGGAUUUUGGGGAUGGGAUCUGGGCUGGGAUCUGGGAUGGAAUGUCAGUGAUCCAGGAGAAUUUCUGGGAUGGAAGCUGGGCUGGGAGCACUGGCAGGAAUGUCAAUGAUCCAGGGAGAUUUCUGGGAUGGUUUAAUCCUGGAAAUCCUGGGAUCUGGGCUGGGAUCUGGUCAGGAAUGUCAGUGAUCCAGGAGAAUUCCUGGGAUGGUUCAAUCCUGGAAAUCCUGGGAUCUGGGCUGAGAGCACUGGCAGGAAUGUCAAUGAUCCAGGGAGAUUUCUGGGAUGAUUCCAUCCUGGAGAUCCUGUGGAGCAGGAUUGGGCUGGGAGCACUGGCAGGAAUGUCAAUGAUCCAGGAGGAUUUUGGGGAUGGGAUCUGGGCUGGGAUCUGGGAUGGAAUGUCAGUGAUCCAGGAGAAUUUCUGGGAUGGGAUCUGGGAUCUGGGCUGGGAGCGCUGGCAGUAAAAUUG